GUAACUAAGUGUAAUUGACGCACGUGACUUGCAGCUCUACAGGGUAACAUUGCAGCUCUACAGAGUGAUAGCAUUUCUCCGCUUGUGAAUGCCUUGGAGUAGGUGACGUUGCCUGCUGCAUGUUUUGUUUACUGUGUGAACAGUUCCGGGUGUAGCUAAGAGUUUAUUGACGCAAUCUUCAAAUCCGCUUCAUUUGUCUGUUUGUUUGAGUAUCUGUGGCUGAGCAGUUGCAACAGGAAACUGUGAGGUGCCUAGUGGGUGUGUUGCAACUGGAAACAUAGAGUGCUGUAUCAGUAAUGUGUGUUGUUGUAUGUAUAAUAGGAAUUUUGUUUGCUACCUGAUAAUCAUAAAUGUCUAGACAAGCAGUCAAGUCAACUAACUGCACAGUCUGUUUAUCUGCUUGCACACUUACUUGUUUGUCUGUGUGUCUGGUUAUGUGUGUGUGUGUGUGUGUGUGUGUGUGUGUGUGUGUGUGUGUGUGUGUGUGCAUGUGUGUUGUUUGUCAGUCUGUUUGUCAGUCUGUCUGUCAGUCUGUCUGUCAGUCUGUCUGUCAGUCUGUCUGUCUGUCUGUUUGUCUGUCAGUCUGUUUGUGUAUAUGAGCAAAUGUACAGUAGGUAUGAAUUUGUUAUAUGUAUAUAUUGUUUCUAUCUAUUAACUUAAUUUACAUUUUCUCUUAGUUAGAGGUCUACAUCAACACACACAAGCAUUCUGAACAAGUGAAUCUUUGUCUAAGUUAUGUCCAAAAAAUCUGAAUCAAAGGUUUCCUCUCAGUUUCUUAGUGAUUUUCUUAGUAAUAAUCGAGAUGCCAUGUGGCAGCCGAAUCCAAACAUGCCACUCUACAUCGGCCGCAGUCUUCACUUUCCUGUCAAUAAUCUAUCUGCUGCAGCCUUCAGCUUUAUUCAAAUCAACAUCAAAGCUACUUUCCGGCGUGCUGCAACCUCGUGGCAAACCGGAAUAAAAGUGACACAAACGUCCAUCCCUCACGAGUGCCUUAUUGAAAUCUUAGAUGAAGGAGAAUCUGUAAACGUCGUCGUUCGAGGUCCUAAAGACAGCAUCACCGAGUGUCAAGAUCUCCUCCACACUUGCAUGAAUAACAUUGGACAAUCAUUGGAAACACUGAAAUGUGUGAGUGAAAUCAGACGAGGGUACUUGAGUCCUAAGCAGAUAGCAGAGCUACGAGUGGAUCCGUGUCACUAUACUGAGCAGCAGAUGGCAUGUGCUGUGAACAGUACUGGAGACUAUGUGAAGGCACCUGGCGGAGUGUCGGAUGAGUUGUGUAGUUUCUUUAUGACAGGCGAAGAGAUGGCCAAACUGAUGCAGAGGGACAGCCAAAGAGGAGAUUCUGACUGCAUUUCGGAGGAUAAGCUUAGAGAUACAGCACAAGGCAUUGCCUCUGACUGGCAAGCUGUAGCCAGUUUUCUUGAGCCACAGCCGCUGAUGCAAUAUGAGAUCUCAAAAAUCGAAAAGAAACAUGCAACAGGAAAGCAACAGGCACAAGCAAUGCUGCAAGAGUGGAAAAACACCUACAAAUCGCGUGCAACCUGGGACAGACUGGAGCGUGCAAUUCAUCGAGCUAGAACAACUGAUAAGCAAUAAACUUAACUUGCAUUACACAUGCACCAUACAUUAGUGGAUUAGAAAGUUAGCUGCUUUUACUGUGAGAUUUGAAUGUUUGUAUGCUGACAUGUGACGUCAUAGAUGUAGAGGUUGUUGUUGGA